AUGGCACAAACACGAGGAGCUUUUAUUGUCUUUGAAGGACUAGACCGAUGUGGAAAGACCACACAAACAAAUUUACUUUUAAAUUUUUUGAAAAGUAAAUAUUCUCAAGUUCAUGAAACAGCCUUUCCCGAUCGUUCCACCGAUAUUGGAAAAUUAUGUGAUGCAUACUUGCGAAACAAAAACAACAUGAAUGACAACGCCAUCCAUUUGCUAUUCUCUGCCAAUAGAUGGGACAAGAUGGCAUGGGUUGAGAAAACAUUGCUCGCAGGAGAGCAUAUUGUGUGUGGUCGAUAUGCUUACAGCGGUGUGGCCUAUAGCGCUGCGAAAGGAAUGGACAGAAAUUGGUGUAAAGCUCCUGACGUUGGUCUCAUAGAACCAGAUCUAGUCAUUUAUCUUCAAGUGGAUGCCAGUGUAGCUUCAUCGCGAAAAGAAUAUGGUAUGGAAAGAUAUGAGAAGGAAAAAUUCCAACAAUUAGUGAAAGACCAAUUCGAAGCACUUUUUGAAAACGAUAAAAAAGUCAAGAUCAUUGACGCUUCCAAGAGCAUUGAAGAAAUUUCCAAAGAAAUUGCGCUACUUUCCGAACAAGUUAUUGAGCGAGUGAAACAUGAACCAUUAGAUAAGUUAUGGACAAGUAAUUCUCUUUAA